CUCGUAAUCGUCAGUUCGCGAGCAUUCAGUUUUCCCACAAUCCCUUGCUGCCCACAUAUGAAAUAUAAUUGAUUAAGAAGCACCGCUGUUUCGUUGGGAAUCUUGCCAGUAUUUCGACUUAUUGUCUACCCUGUCGAAAUGAUGUGUGACACCACAAACCGAAGUUUUCGGGCGCAGUUAGCCGGUGUCCUGGACAAGCUAACGAAGGCGGCUUUGGUAGAAAUAGGCAACCUCGCUGACGAAUGCUCUUCCGUCCUUCACACCGAGAUCUCCCUGCACAAAACGGAGAACGAGGCGCUGAAGAAGAGAUGUUAUUUACUGGAGGUCCAGCUGAGAGCAGCGAGGGAGGCACAGACCUAUCCUGCACAUGCCAACAGUGUCAGCCGCCGACACCCUGCAGGACAGCAGCAGCCAGCUAUCGACGGAGUUUUUGGAAAGGACUGGUGCAUGGAUCUGUGGAGAGAAGAAAAACUCCCCUCUCAAAGGAAAGAGACAGUGGAGCCAGCUGCUACUGUGACAAGCAUGGGGUUACAGGCAAUAGACUUAAUGGAGAGAGAACCUGAUCUCAUCUUUGUCAAGGAGGAGACAUAUGAUGACCAUCCAAUUGGCCAGCAGAUGAGGCUCACAGAUAACAGAAAAUUAGUUGGGAUUUUUGACGAGGAGAGCAUGCUUCAUAGAUCUGUUGAUGAUCUGCAGCUUCACUCAGGGGAAUUAAACAACUUUCCCAUGACGGCUGCCAGUCAAACACAACAACGCACACAGCCCACAAUUAUGGACAAGUUGAUAGAUGAUGCAACAAUGUGCACUUUGGUUGACAACCCAAAUCCUCCUUCAGCCACCGCAGAAUACUCUGAUUUCACGAACAAUAUCCACAUGAAUGCAACCAAAGAACUCACGAUUCAGCCAAGACCUGUGAAGCCAACAAACCGGUUUGAGUGCCUAUUCUGUGGGAAAAUAUUCAACUAUCUAAGUAGUUUAAAAGUCCACAUCAGGCGACACUCUGGCGAGAAGCCGUUCAGCUGCUCAGUUUGCGGGAAGCGGUUUGCUCAGAAAACGUACCUGAAACUGCACCAGCGUGUGCACUCGGGUGAGAAGCCUUACAGCUGUCCAGACUGCGGAAAAAGUUUUUCUCAGAAAAGCUCUCUGAACAUACAUCUUCGGACACACACCGGUGAAAAGCCGUAUAGCUGUGUGGACUGUGGGAAAUGUUAUGCAUACAAGUAUGGUUUAAAUCACCACCACUGUUUCAAUUGACUGGUCAAACCAUGUUUUCAUUGGAAAGAAGUCUAACUCCGGUCAGAACUGCUUCUACUAAAGUUCUUUGUAUUGCAUAUUGUAAUAUGUCUACAAAACUCAAAUAUGGAUGGAAAAUGUAGAUUUGAAAUGAUCCCAUCCAUAUCAAACAGGGUUUAUUGUGUAGAGAAAUCUGGCAGCAGCCAAACAAGGGUACAGACAAUAUCUAUGUGACACUAGAAAGUGCAUCAUUUGAAUUGGUGGGAUUCAGUUUCUGUGAUUGCUUAGGGGGUUCAUUGUCAUGAGCUGCUCAUCCAACCUGUAACAAAAAAAAUACUAAAUUAUUUUCCAUUGCAUGUUUUCAUAUGCUUUGGGUACCAUUAUACAUACCUCACUCUCAUGUCUCUUGCCACAAAAGGCCUAUGUUAAAUAAUGCCAAAAUACUUUCUUUGGACAAGUGCUCCGUUUGCACACAUGUAGCGUAACUCUUCAAAACUACCUCGUCACAACAAUGUAGACGUAAAACAACUCCCUCUGUUUGCUUCAUAGACCGAGUCUCAGUGUUGCUUUAUAUUUAGCAUAUGUCAUGCCUCAUUUCUUGCUAUUUAAGUGAUAGAAAGUGGGUAGUUCUAUCAUUGAAAAACACAGCUGUUUUAAAAUGCUAAUGUGUGGUAAUAUUGAUAAUAUUGAAAUGACUUCCACAAAGGGUUCUGGUUUAAAUGGUGUUUAAAUAAAUGUAUGUGUAUGACUAGACAUGUGUUGUCAAUGUAGUGAAGCCAAAUGUCAGUUUUUUUUUUCUUCUAAAUGUUAAGCAUUUGUGAUAGAAAUCAUGUUAUUCUGUCCUGUCAUCAUACCUUAACAGAGCAAUUAUCUGUACUAAGCAUCCAUUUUGCCUGUAACGAUUCCCCUGAACAGCCCACACUGACCGAAUGAGAGAAUAAUCACUGCCCAAGAAAGGAAUCUUGUGCUGUUUUCUUUCUGCAUGACUAUUACAGAGCACCAUCAACUGUGCAUUGUUCAUGUAUGUAAAAACUCCAAUGAUGUAAAGAAGACAACUUUAUUUAGAUUAGACAAAAUAAACAAUUCACUCUUUCUUCCUUCUUUAAAUGGGAGAGUUUUAUCAAAUUAAAGUUUAAUUAAAUGAA